AUGCUCGCCUUGCAAUGGGCAGCCGUCACUCGCGUUUUACCUCUAGCUAGAUCCCGACUCGCUCGCCCUGCGUCUACCUCUGCAUUUGAUACCGCCAUUCACAAUUUUGGCGCCGAUCUCAGACAGAGACAACCGACUUUCUCUAUCCCUACCAAUGGAAUACAAAUACUCUCGCAACCGAGCGAGUUUUACGCGUUGAUUCUGGAUAUGAUUCAACGCGCUCAAAAUCGAAUAUUUCUAUCCUCACUCUAUAUAGGCUCUGGUCAAACAGAAUUGAUUGCCUCGCUUUCUUCAGCUUUACAACGAAAGCCGGCUCUUCAGUUGCAUUUACAGUUGGACCUGAAUCGCUCGACGCGACCUGGAUCUGCAUCUACAGCAAGAUUGCUUCUCCCCCUUUUGCGCGCGUUUCCUCAGCGGGUUCAUGUGCACCUUUUCCGAAGCCCAAGCCUUCGCGGACUACUAGCGAAGGUGGUGCCUCCACGGUUUAAUGAAGGAUGGGGGACAUGGCAUGCCAAGAUAUACGGUGCUGACGAUGACGUUCUGAUUAGCGGUGCGAAUCUCAAUGAAUCGUACUUCUCCAACCGCCAAGACCGCUACAUCUAUUUUUCUAAGCAGAAGCAACUUGCCAAUUAUUGCUUCCAAUUCUUGAAAGUAGUAUCAACAUGUGCAUACAUGCUGUCUCCAGCUGAAGAUAUGAAUCCUUCGGAUAGCACACCUUAUUCAUAUCGACAAGAAGAUUACAUUGUGCAUUGGCCGGACCCUGAUACACACCCACACAAUUUCAAUGAGAAACUGCACAAGGCCUUGUCUACCUUCCAGGAAAGUCACCGCCAGUCGUCAUCCUUCAGCUCGUCUCCCGGUGAUGUUACCCUGUUCCCGAUAGUGCAAGGCGGCCAAUUCGGCAUACGAGAGGAAGAGACUGCCAUAGAACUCUUGUUCAAGCACCUUCGGAGUAUCUCACAGGUUUCACAUCCAUUCAUGGACCUCACCAGCGGAUAUUUCAACUUGUAUCGUCCUUAUCAAAAUCUCUUACUCACUUCACCGGGCGUUGACGUUCGUGUUCUUGCAGCCAGUCCUAAGGCCAAUGGUUUUUAUGGGUCGAAGGGUAUAUCUAGUCGUAUUCCUGAGGGAUAUACCAUUCUGGAACGACGCUUUAUUCAAGCUGUGGACCGUGCAGGAAGAUCUUGGCAGGAAGGUGCCAGUACCGGCAUCCAAUUGAACGAGUGGGAGAAAGAGGGCUGGACGUAUCACGCAAAAGGACUUUGGCUUUCGCCCACAGCCGCGACAAAUCCAAUACUCACCCUCUUUGGGUCAACAAACCUCAAUGCGCGCUCGGCACAUAUCGACACGGAGUUAUCAUUCUUGAUGUUACUGCAGCCGCCAAAUGAAUCCGAAGGCUAUGACGCUGCUGCUGAUUCAACGAUGUCGUUAGGGUGUCAGUUGGCUGAUGAAAUACGGACUAUACGCAGUCACGCGUAUGAGUGGAGCGGAUAUCAGAGAGCUAUUCGACCUGGUACGAGGACGAUGUUGAGGAUUGUAGAAGAUAUGCUGUGAAACUGUUAUCAAAUAUCUCGUCGAGGUAUAUCCCCAACUCACUCAAAAGCCUAGGCAUUAAUAAUGCGGUCUACUAAAAGUCCGAAAUCUUUCCAUGUUAGUCAGCUAAUUAUCAAUACCUGGCGUCGAAUCUGAAUUCCCGAACUCUCCGGAUCACUUAUUGUCCAUAAAGAAGGACGUAGGAUUUUUGCCGCCAAUGCAAGGCUUAUGGUUCAAUUACUGGAUCUCCCUCAAGAAACCAUUUCCCUCAUCGCUAAUG